CGGUGUGACGUAUGUUCCUGUGACGCGCAGAAAUUUUAAACUAUCCUCCUUCUCAGUGAUGGCGGCUUCGUUUCGUUCUCUCCCUGCAAGCUGUAAUAACAAAUGGUACUACACCCGGCAACAGAUCGACAACAGCCCAUCUCGGCGAGCUGGACUUGAUCCCGACAAGGAACUGUCCUACAGGCAACAGGCGGCCAACCUGCUCCAGGACAUGGGACAACGACUCAACGUGUCCCAGCUCACAAUAAACACAGCCAUUGUCUACAUGCAUCGAUUCUACAUGGUCCAGUCAUUCACCAGAUUUCACAGAAAUGUCAUUUCUCCUGCCGCUCUCUUCCUUGCUGCGAAGGUUGAGGAGCAACCCCGAAAGCUGGAACAUGUUAUCAAGGUGGCUCAUGCUUGCCUCAAUCCUCAGGAGCCUUCACCAGAUGUACGCAGUGAUGCUUACCUGCAACAAGCCCAAGACCUGGUCAUUCUUGAGAGCAUAAUACUCCAGACCUUGGCUUUUGAAAUCACCAUCGACCAUCCACACACUCAUGUCGUCAAGUGCACUCAGCUUGUCAGAGCGAGUAAGGAUCUGGCUCAGACAUCAUACUUCAUGGCAACCAACAGGUAUAUUCACAGUUCACAAUAAAACACAGACUUUUAUGUUUUUAA